GUUAACCUCUACUUCUAAAGAACACUUUUUUUAAUCUCCCCAACAUCAUCCUUUAGAAUAACCUCAAGCUGUUGGAAGAGAAGGGCAAGCUACAUUACAACCAUUUCUCCUGUAUGCCAUGCAGUGGUGCUCUGCUCCAGAGCAGGCUUUCUGAUAUCAUGAGGAUAUUAGUAUUCCACUCUUCCACUGCACCUUUCUUUUAUUAUCUAUGCUGGAAACUUGUUGAAGCCUGUUUGUGGUGUGUUGAACAAAUGCAGUUUUGGGUUGGUUUUGAGUUCUGACCUGUUUACUUUGUUAUGGAAGUAUCAGACUGUUGAACUGGGGUUCAGUCUCCACGGUUGUUCUUAACCACCAUCUUCUUGUAACUUUGUAUGUACUCACUUCCAUUUGCCUUUUCACAGGGUGGAAGCUUUCUCUUCAUUUGUAUGACCUCUUUUAGUAUUCACCCCUAUUUUUACUGUGACCUUUAGUCCCAACCUCACAAACAGUGCUGAAGAUGAGCAGUAUGUAUCACUAUGAUCAGUCAGAUAAGAUUAUCAGUGUUCUGAUUCUCAGAUGUGAUAGUUUUAGUAAAUGCUCAAAACAGUAUCCAUGUCUGAUUCUCAACAGUCCAAGCAUAGGGAGGAGGCAUCCAUCAGGCUGAUGCAUAGUGCUGUAAAUGAAUCAAGCUCUUGGACCAGUUGUACCUUCAGUGCUAAGAGCCAAAGCAUGGGUGAAGAAAGUCUGUAGCUGGCUUAAGACCCUGAGUAAGCUGUGCACAGGUAUCAGCUUGCCAUGAAAUUCUUGACCUUGCAUAGAUUUGCUUGGAGACUGGAGGAGACCAAUGUCUUGACUGGAUAAUUUGCUACUAGUUGUGGAUUUUUUUUUUAUUAUUUUUUUUUUUUGAGGGCCUGUUCCAGAAUAAAUCAGCAGCCUAGAAAGGGAGUUGUAUUUGGCUAAGAAUCAGUUCUACUUCCUGAUUAUGUUUUGCACUUUGAACACUCAUAAAGUUGAUAUGGACAAGCUCUUAGGUGCACAAAUUGGCCUUGAAGAUUUCAUAUUUGCCCACAUAAAAGGACAACGAAAAGAAGUGGAAGUUCUUAAAACUGAUGAUGUACUUGGGCUUACCAUUACAGACAAUGGAACAGGCUGUCCGUUUAUAAAGCGGAUCAAAGAAGGUAGCCUUAUGGACCAAAUCAAAGUGAUCUGCGUGGGUGAUCACAUAGAGACUAUAAAUGGAAGAAAUGUGUCAGAUUGUCGGCAUUAUCAAGUUGCCAAAAUGCUAAAGGAUCUGGAGAAAGGUCAUAUGUUUAAGCUGGAGUUGAUAGAGCCUAUGAAGGCAUUUGAAAAGCUGGAACCGAGAUCCAAAGGCGUAACUCUGGCUGAGGCUAAAAUCUCCAGAGGGAGAGAAACACUUCGGCUGAGGACCAAAGGCCCUGCUACUGUGGAGGAAAUGCCAACUGAAGUUGAAGAAAAAGCAAUUAAAAAAGUGGAUGAGCUUCUUGAAACAUACAUGGGGAUAAGAGAUAUUGAAUUAGCUGCAACAAUGGUGGAAGCUGGAAGAGACAAGAAAAACCCAGAUGAAUUUGCAGUGGCAUUGGAUGAAACUCUUGGAGACUUUGCAUUUCCAGAUGAGUUUGUCUUUGAUGUGUGGGGAGCAAUAGGUGAUGCUAAGCAAGGACGACUGGAAUGAGAACUGUGCAGUUUAUCAAUACCUAUUUGAAAAUAGAAAAUGAUUUGCAUGUUAAUACUUUUACUGAUAUGAAUCCAGGGUGCUCUGUAUAAGUAUUCUUAUCUGAGACUUUCUUUUGCAAAGAAAGGUUUGUAAUAGAAAUAUGAAGAUAAACCCAAAGUUCAGAAAACUGCACAUAUAAAACAAACAUUUAAUUUAAAUGUAGAAAUCACUGAGGAGACAUAUUUAUACAGAUAUUUUAUGAAAAUCAGGAUUUUUUAAAUUGUCAAUACGCUUUGAUAUCAAUAUUCUGAGGAAUGUUAGACAUAUGCAACAAAGAGUUUGGAUUAUUUUAUCUCUUCUUGUAGAAAGAUUUUAUGAACUUGUUGAAAAACUACCUAGCUACACACUGCAGUCCUGUGGUCUUCUGUUGUCCUUAUGUGUUCACAUACACAAAGAGCUGUGGAAAACAUAAAACCUUAGGUUUUCUUACAGUUUGGUCUGGGUAUAGUCUUUACUGUAGACAGAGCUGGAAAGAAGCUACCCUAUUUCUGAAGAACCUGAGUUCAGGAAAAAAAAAAUAUUCCUCUGAAACAUGAGAACUAAGACCUUUGGAUUAAAAAGGCUUGCUUUCAUUUGACUCAUACAUGCUGUCUGGGUAUUACUGAGAGGAGGAGGAGUAGAAAUGUUUAAACCAGGAUCUGCUGCUUUUAUUCAGAUGCCAUCUUAUUGCAAUAGGAACUGCACAGGAAGAAAGAAGUGUUAAUUUUGAUUGCUAUUCAUAUAUUUGUAUAAUAUCUGUGAUCUGGCACUGGAGACUAUAGUGUAUGACUAAGUGCUUAUUUGAUUUUUGCAUAUGCUAAAUGAUUUGCUGAGAUCCUGGAGUUUCCCCUCUUGUCUGCUUUUUUCAACAUGGCAACGUAGGAGAGACAGUGGUGUUCAAACCUGGAAGAUAUUAUUGUAAAGUUACAAACAAUCACAGUUUGGAUGAAAAUGCAUGCCUAAACCCUGAAAAAUACAUUAAACAAAUUUUAGACAUUAGGAUUUGCAGUUAUAUUGUACAUAAACAUUUAUUUUAACUGAUAAUAUUUUACUAAUAAAU